GCUUAUGUCUUCCGUAAAUGAGAUUUUCAAGACAUACCUGACUGAGUUUUUAGAACUCGUGUCUAAUCAUGUACAUAGUGUAAUUGCAAAAACAAACCCAGAACUUUCGGAUAAGAGCAAGUAUAGAUAUGUUAUCACCAUGGAGAACUGUUAUCCAUUCUUCAAACACAAGUCCGAAAUGCGUUUAAUUGCUCAAAUGGCAGGCAUUAUCAACAAAGGAGAUCCUGUAAAGAGAUUGUUACUCAUCCGCCGAUAAAAUGCUGCAGCCAUGUAUUUUGAAAAGACGGUUUUUACUAGAAAGAAGGCUGACAGCAAUCAUUUUCUUCAAAUCAGUUUAUAUCAUGAUACCUGUCAUCUGUCACUGCAUGAAUCAUCCAAGAUUAUUGAUUAUGGCGCACCAGCAAACGAAACUAGUGGGUUUGGGGAAACGACUUCAGAUAUUUUUAGAAAUGUUCGAAGUAUGAGAUCGGCCACAUUUAAAUUUAACUUCGUUUCCACGCUUGUCAGAAACUUGAACUUAUUUGUAUCUAAUUCAGCCUGUUGUAAAGACCAGAAAUCCCAUGACACGACUGACUCGGGUUAUAUUUUGGAGCUUACAAGUAAUUUUCUAGAAUACGUAAAAAACAAGUUAGAUUUCAAUAGUAAUGAGGCUGAAAUUAUUGGAGUGACUAAAUCACCAGGUUGUCAAAUAUCUAUCACAAAAUACGAAGUUCUGGAGCACAUUUUUUGGCCUGCUAUUCGAGAGUUAACUGCAGCAAUUAAAAGUAAUGGAAUGCGACGUAACGUGUUUCGUCUAUUCAACAUCGACAAAAUAUUUUUAUCGGGUACCCUUAUAGAAGCGAAGAAAGAAACAUACACCUUUCUUGAAAAGAUAAUUAUAAAGAAUUUGUCCGAGGUUAUGAAUGUUAAACAAGGCACCAUCUCUUCUUCUGAAGCUAGUGGUAUAGAAGCGCUUUUAGGUGCAGCCUACUAUGGCAACCACCCUGAAAGUUUUACAGAGAGGAUUUCUAGAAGGUCUUAUGCUGUUCAGGUCUCUGGAUUUAAACGACAAGCUUAUAGAGGAGAAGAUAUCGAAAAUCAAAUUGAAGGGAGAAAAAAACAUGAAAGAUAUUAUAUACAACAUAGAAGCAACAAACGCUUAUAUUGAUAAGAACAAGCCAGUCCAAUUAUAUCAUCAGUCUUACUGUAAUCCAUCCAACUCAGAAAAUGAAGACUCCAUCAGAACCCGCGACGAUAUAACAUCUCUUAUAAGUAAAGGUACUAAAAUUUCGGAGCAUAACC